AGCUGGGGAGGGCUCUCAGCAAAGCGCCCCACGUCUGAAGUGCACCUCUGGUCUACGUGCUGGGGAGCGAGACCCAGAAGCGACAGACAAAACCUGUCACUGUCCCGUCUUGUUUGUGUAGGCCGUGGGGCCGAGACAAUAAACACAGCGUGUCCGGAAGGCUCCUGCAGAAUGGCUCUGGGAUUCCCCCAGGAAGAGCCCCCACCGCCCAGCUCCUUCUUCCCCCCCUGGUGGCCCUUGUUCCUUCCUUCUGGACGGGGGCCCACAGGGACGGGGAGGGUAUAUAGGGCCAGGCGGAGUGGCCAGGAGCAAGACUCCGCAGGACCGGGACUGGGCCACAGGACUCUCCCCGCCAGGAGCCUUGGGACUCACCUUCCAGAAGCCAUGCUGCUGAGGCUGACACUCGCCCUCCUGUGGAGCACCUGCUGGGCAACACAGAUGUACGGGAGGGGAGGAGGCAAAUACUUCAGCACACCCAGAGACCACGAAUAUGAAAUCACCGGAAUCCAGGUGGCCGUAGGUUCCUCGGGCAUACUGAAGAGUAUCCAGGCGCGAUAUGGACCCUCCUGGACCACCGUGUCUGGUUGUCCGUCAUCCGGAACUCCACAGGAAUUCAUCCUCUAUCCGGGAGAGCACAUCAUAGGGAUAACUGGCUCCUACAAAAUGUAUCUCCGGUCCCUGAACCUAUACACAAAUAUGAGGCGCUAUGCCACAUUCGGGAAGGACAGUGGCACGAACUUUGUCGUCUACCCCGACCAGGUCGAGAAAGUGCUCACAGGAAUCUGUGGCCAGUGCACGCUUUUAGGCAUCACGGGCCUCUGCUUUGUGUGGGAUUACCCUCUAGAGUUCUGGGACCUGAUCCAGCAAAACAGUACCUUACCAGAGAAAUGAGUGUUCCUGGGUCCCAGGGGUGGGGCUUGGGUCAACCUGGGUCAACGUGGCUCGUGCUGGGCUGACGCCACUGAGGUAGCGGAGUCUGGACCCCAAAUUUCAAUCCACGAAUAAAUAAAGCUUCUGCAAGAA